AAAAAUUAAAAUUAAAAACAAAUAACAGUAAAAAACCAAAAACUAAGAAACUAUGAAUAAGAAGUAAUGAUAGGUAUUCUGUUUUUAAAUUUAUUUAUAGUACCUAGUUACUAAUUACAAUAUUUUUUUUUGUAUCAGACGUGUUAUUGAUUACCGUCUAACAACAAUUUAAUACUUUAACUGCAUAGUACAUACUCGAUUAUUUCUGCUUCAAAAUAUUAAAUACUUAUUUAAAACUGUGCCAUUGGACUAACUAACAAAAUGUUGUUGUUACCAAGAUGUAUAAAUACAAUUGUAUUAAACAAUAUAAAGCGAAGUUUCAUGACGAAAUCUUGUGGUUUAAUGCAUUCUAAUGUUAAUCAAGUUACUAUUAAAGAUGCUAAAGAUGAUAAAUUUAUUCCUAUUUAUACAACACCACUUAUGAAACUUUUCAUCGGUUUAAAUAAAGUAAAAAUAUAUCAAAUAGUAGGAUUAUCAUGUUGGAUUCCUAUGUGUUUUAGUUUUAAUAUGCUUGGCUAUCUAAAUUUUGACGAAGUAAUUUGUGCGUCAUUAGUAGGUUUAGGUUUAACAGCUGGCUUACAUAUUGCCUCUUGGUUAAUAUCAAAUAAUCUUGUUGUUUUUGUAUACAUAAGUGAAGAUGACCAAAGAUGUCGGAUGUCUUAUAUAUCUUACUGGGGAAAUCGAAAAGAAUUAUAUUGCAACAUUGAAGAUAUAACACCUAUUGAAUGUUCUAAAUUUAAUUUAUUAAAUCACAAAAUUGAAUUUGAAAACAGUCCAAUGAAACUUAAAAUUAUUACACGCAACUCAACCAUUUUAAAUAAUGCAAAAUUUAGAAAAAUAUUUGGUAGUAAUAUUAUUUGAGAAAUAAAUUAAAACUGAAUCAUAAAAGUAAA